GUCAUGUCGCUCCCGGCUCUUGUCACUUGCAGCACACCUGCUGCAGUGUUCGCCCGCUCUCCUUGCGAUUCCCAGUAUUUAUUUGCCGGCUGCUGGCGGCUGAACGCGAGCCUUCCGGCCCGCAUGGCUUCCGACGCGCGACCAACCGGCAGGCGUUGCGCGCAGGCGUCUCGGCGCCCCGUGCUAGUUCAUACACUGUAAAAACUGCGUCAUUUUUAAACACACUGGCGCCCGGCAGCCGGCGGCCGUGACGCCGGUGCUGGUGCACAACCUUUGCGACAGAAGCGACGAUGACAGCGACGCUAUCGCCACUGCAGAGACGAUGCCCGCGCCAGGCAACGACACCGCCACCAUGAUGACGGACCGGCGCACCGGCAGCAGCAGUCGCAGCGGCGCGCGCGCAGGGUGCAGCGGCACCUGUUGCUGGCCACUCACGCGGCCGUUCCACUGACCGCCACGCUAGUGCACGAGCGGCAGCAGCAGCGGCAGCGCGACACAGCAGCGGUGGUGGCAGUGAGGCCGUUGGUGGCGCCGCUGCCACCGGUCCUGUGGGCGGCGGCGCUGGCGGCGGUGGAUACAGCAGUAGGGUCAGCAGCGAUGGGGUCAAGCGCAAGCGCAGCAGCAGCAGCUGAGCACAGCGGUGACGCCGCUCCUCACCAGCCUGGCGCUCGCGUUAAUGCAGUGGCCCCUCAACAGCAGCAGCAGCAGCAGCAGUGGCAGCUGCCAGCACUGGUGGAUCAGCUUGUACAGCUGCUAGGGCCCACGCUGCAGCAAGCCACACGGCAGGUGCUGAGGGCCGCUGCCGCACCAGCGUCAGGUGCAGCAGCGGCAGCGGCAAUGGAUCCUCCCCGCUGCCGCGCCCAGCCACCGCUGCGUGGUGUGUCGCCUAGCAGCGCCUGUGGCGGCAGCAGCCGCUCGGGCCCAAGCUCAUCUGCCGUGGGUGGUGGCGCCACGGUUGGGGCUGCGGGUGCUGGCAACUACUCGCUUAACUACAUGCAGAAGCAUGUCUUUGCGCAGCUGAAACGCGAGCACGGCAACAUCGACACCGUUCCCUUUAAGUGCUGGGUAGGCAUCCCCGUGCGGCGUGCUGGUGAGUGGGCAGCACAGGAAUGCUGAGCAGUUCCGGGUGCACGCGCACCCGGCACCGCCUCGCUUCCACGGCAUGUGGCCCUCGGUAGAAUUCCGUUGAGAUGUGGUUGGCGCGCGUGCAGUUCGUGAAGACUGUCUGCACUGUCUGCUGUCCUCUUGUGCGCGCACGCAGAGGGGCUACGCCACCAAUAUCCUGACUGUAAAGUAAAGCAAGUUGCCCGUCUAUCUGCUGGGGGGAUGGGGAAGUCGGUGGCGAGGCAGAACACAAGGCGGCAGGAGCCGCAGCGCCGUCACCUGAACAGUUAGGGGCAGCAAUGAUCGUGUUGCUUGUCGGCUGGCAGAUUGUGCGCAUUCCUUGCUCUUCGGACACGAGACAAAUGCGGCUGCGAGUCACGCAAAGAAAAUUAGUUGUGUACGGGCUUUGGGCUGUGGGCAGCGGUUUUUAUGUUGUGGCUCCAAUCUCGGCGCGUGGUGGCGAGGCAGACCACAUCUGACUGACCAUAGGCUUGUGCGGCUGCAGUUGACUGUUCCUCUGCUCUGCCACCUCCGAGUUCAGGCUCCUCAGGGCCGGGAACAGCGCCAUAUUGUAAGCGUGCGAGCAGCCGGUAUGGUUGCUCCAGU